UUCAAUGUUGUUUUUGUUUUGAAUUUCAAAAAUUAAAUAGAAAUUAUUAUACUCGCAAAAAAAUGUUAGGUCCAAUAAAACACUUAUUAAAAGCAAAACAUAUUGUAUUAGCAAGUGGAUCACCUCGAAGGCAAGAACUAGUUAAAAAUAUUGGCCUUGAAGUUGAGUUAUGUCCUUCUGAAUUUGAGGAAAACUUAGAUUAUAAAGAAUUCCCAGAUUUUGCAAGCUUUGUAAUAGAAACUGCAAAUGGGAAAGCCAUAGAAGUUUUUGAUAGGCUUACUAGAAAUUCAACGGCACCGGAUAUUGUGAUAGCAGCUGAUACUAUGGUUACGUUAAAUGAAAAAAUGUUUGGAAAACCAAAGACUCCUGAAAUCGCGUUUCAAAUGUUGUCAGAAUUAGCUGGUAAAACUCAUGUCGUUUAUACCGGUGUAGUUAUAAAACAUUCAAAAGGAAGUAUCAAAUUCCAUGAAUCAUGUAAAGUAACUUUUGGUGAUAUAACGAAGGAACAAAUUCAAUCAUAUGUUAAUACAGGAGAACCUUUAGACAAAGCUGGUGGAUAUGGGGUACAAGGGAUUGGUGGUUGUCUAAUUAAAAGCAUUGAGGGCGAUUAUUUUACUGUAGUUGGUUUACCUUUGUACAGAUUAUGCUGUGAACUCUGUAAACUUUUUCAAUAAGAAAAGAUAAAUAUUAAUUGUUGAUUGUUUUUAAAGUACCUAUCUAUCUAAGUAUAUGCAUUUUACAAAUGUAUAAAAAAAAGAAAAUUAAAUUUUCUAUUCAAGAGCUUUA